AGCGUCCCGGUCCCGCCUGGCAGCGCCCGAACCGCCGCCUCCCGCCAGGCACCAGCAUGGCCUGGAACAGCAACCUGCGCUGGCGGCUGCCGCUCACCUGCCUGCUCCUGCAGGUGGCCAUGGUGGUUCUCUUCGGCGUGUUUGCGCGCUACGACCUCGACGCCGACGCCCACUGGCGGACGGAGAAGCAGCGCAGGAACGUCUCCAGCGACCUGGAGAACGAAUUCUACUACCGCUACCCGAGCUUCCAGGACGUGCACGUGAUGGUGUUCGUGGGCUUCGGCUUCCUCAUGACCUUCCUGCAGCGCUAUGGCUUCAGCGCCGUGGGCUUCAACUUCCUGCUGGCGGCCUUUGGCAUCCAGUGGGCGCUGCUCAUGCAGGGCUGGUUCCACCACCUAGAAGGCAAAUACAUUGUCCUGGGCGUCGAGAACCUCAUCAACGCCGACUUCUGCGUGGCCUCUGUCUGCGUGGCCUUCGGGGCGGUUCUGGGCAAAGUCAGCCCUGUCCAGCUGCUCAUCAUGACUCUCUUCCAAGUGACCCUGUUCUCGGUGAAUGAGUUCAUUCUCCUCAACCUGCUGGAGGUGAAGGAUGCAGGGGGCUCCAUGACCAUCCACACAUUUGGUGCCUACUUUGGGCUCACAGUGACCCGGAUCCUCUACAGACCCAACCUAGAGCAAACCAAGGAGAGACAAAGUUCUGUGUAUCACUCGGAUCUCUUUGCCAUGAUUGGCACCCUUUUCCUGUGGAUGUACUGGCCCAGCUUCAACUCAGCCAUAUCCUACCACGGGGAUAGCCAGCACCGAGCCGCCAUCAACACCUACUGCUCCCUGGCAGCCUGCGUGCUCACCUCGGUGGCGAUGUCCAGUGCCCUGCACAAGAAGGGCAAGCUGGACAUGGUGCACAUCCAGAAUGCCACGCUGGCAGGAGGGGUGGCCGUGGGCACAGCUGCUGAGAUGAUGCUCAUGCCCUAUGGCGCCCUCAUCAUCGGCUUCUUCUGCGGCAUCAUCUCCACCCUGGGUUUUGUGUACCUGACGCCAUUCCUGGAGUCCCGGCUGCAGAUCCAGGACACAUGUGGCAUUCACAAUCUGCACGGCAUUCCUGGCAUCUUGGGCGGCAUCGUGGGGGCUGUGACGGCAGCCUGCGCCAGCCCCGCAGUGUAUGGACAAGAAGGGCUUGCCUAUUCCUUUGACUUUCAAGGUUCCAAGGUGCAUUGGACCACAAGAACGCAGGGCAAGUUCCAGAUUUUUGGCCUUUUGGUGAGCCUGGCCAUGGCCCUGGUGGGCGGCAUCAUCGUGGGGUUAAUUUUGAGAUUACCAUUCUGGGGACAAGCUGCUGAUGAGAACUGCUUUGAUGAUGCAGUCUACUGGGAGAUACCUGAAGAGAACAGCAUUGUCUACAUCCCUGAGGACCCCACUCUCAAGCCAGGGGUACACUCAGCACCCCUGGUACCUGUGGUACCCACAGUAUCUUCGAUACCCAUAGCAGCCUCAGCAAUGCCCCUGGUACCCUAAGCUCCCACAGCAGGUGAGAAGGAGGCUCCGAGGACUGUCUGGGGGCUGACCUCGCUGAGGACACAGAGAAGUGAGCGAGCGGCACCCCACCUGCUGGCUUGGCCUCGGGUGCCUCCACCUGCUCCCCUUCAUCCCAGGGGACCAGCCUGGAAAUGGAGAAAGGAGCUGCGGAUAAACUGGGCAUCCCAGCCAGGCUGUGGCUGCAGAAGGCCUGCCCACGCCUGGGGUCUUGGUGGCCACAUACUCAGAAAAGCAGGCCCAGGUGGGCUGGGACCUGGGGCAGGCCUGAGCCCUCCAGGAGAAAAUUCAGCUGCCAGCCACCACCUAUUAGGCUCUUGCACCCCCUGCCUGCCCCUCAGCCAGCACCUCCCUUGCUCCCCAGGUCCCCCAGAUCCUCUGUGCCAUGUAGGCAGCAGCUUCCACAAAUAAACAUUCUUGACGUUCUUUAUA